AUGAAACGAAUUGCAAAGAAUAUGGAUCUUUCGGAACCUUCGCCACCCAGUAGUCAUAACCAGCUCGCACGACCAUCUGGUUCAAGUUACCUUAUUGAGCAGGGCACCGUUGAUGAAUUACUCUUCUCCUCUUACAAACGUUCAUUCACUGCAAAACAAGCAAGGAAUAACAAACAGAUUUCUACGCGGCAGACUCGUGAACUCCAAGUUGUGGCGGCGAAUGAAGGAAGGGUGUCUUAUCCAUCGGUAUCCUGCCCUAGCAGCGAGGGGACUGCGCUAAUUGGUGAAAAGGAUAUUCGAAGUGCUGCUUUCGAUGGUCCGGGUGGUGGCGAUCAAGGAUGGUUUGUGAUGCGACCUUCUGGAAAUCCUGCCAAACGGGACCUUUUCAAUCUUCUAGAUCCUUCGCAAUGCAAUUCGAACAUCGUUGAGCGUUUUAGUAAAACACUACGAGUUGAUCACAUGGUGUCGGGUUGGUGGAGAAUCAUUGCUUUGGCGAUGUUGGGUCUAGUUGGAUCCGCAUCUGUCGUCCUACAUGCUUUAUUGAGUCGUCGUAGAAAACGAGAUGCCCUUUCAUCCUCUCUUCUCUCAUCCACAGAUUCGUCUAUCGUCGUCACUUUGGCAAAGGCCAAGAGAGCAGAAACGCGGUCGACUUCCGUCGGACCUUCGGUAGGAAGCACACCGUCGUCUGAAGAAACACCCACUGGAGAA